CCUCUUGCCAACUUUCCAUCACCAUGACAAGCACCACCAGCGACCAAAAGGCCGUCUCCUGCCCCCUGAUGACCAAACCUCCCCGUCAGCGGCUGGUCAGCAAGGACGGCCGGAGCCUGAUGCGAGGCAGUGCCCCGGGCUCCAGAGAGACGUGGUUCGGGGCCCUGCGGGACAUGUGGGGAACGUGGCUGGCGCUGCGGUGGCGAUGGGUGGUGCUGGCGUUCUGUGGUUCAUUCCUUCUUCACUGGCUGCUGUUCGCGGUGUUGUGGUACCUGCUGGCCCGUGUCAACGGAGACCUGGAGGUGCCUGAUCAUGACUCUCCACCGCCCGGUCAUGUGCUGUGUGUCAAACACGUGACGGGCUUCACCGCCGCCUUCUCUUUCGCCCUCGAGACGCAGCUGACCAUCGGGUACGGCACCAUGUACCCCAACGCUGACUGUCCGACCGCCAUAGCGCUGCUCGCCCUGCAGAUGCUGCUGGGACUCAUGCUGGAGGCCUUCAUCACCGGUGCAUUUGUGGCUAAAUUCUCCCGCCCUCAAAAGCGCUGCGGUGGGAUCCUGUUCAGCCCUCAGGCCGUAGUGUGUGAGGACAGAGGUCAGCGUUGCCUGAUGUUCCGCGUCUGUAACCUGCUUCCACGGCCGCUGGUGGACGUGUGUGUGAGCGCCGUUCUCUACGAAGAACGUGACGACCACGAACUCCACCAAACCGCGAUGGAAUUCAGCGUCGAUAACCUGGGGUCACGACCUUGCCCUCUUUUCCUGUCACCUCUGACCUUUUAUCAACCUCUAACUCCAGCCAGCCCUCUAAACAACGCCCCAAGCACCAAACACUUCGAGCUGGUGGUGUUCCUCACCGCUUCUCAGGAGAGUACAGGCUCCGGCUACCAUAAGAGGACGUCCUACCUGCCCGACGAGAUCCAGUACGGCAGCUGCUUCACUAAGGUGACGUCUCGGUACGGCAAAGGCCGGAGCAAAGCCGAAAGCAUGCGUUAUUUUGACACGCAGCCCUGUCCGCUCACGCUCCCAAACACACACACCGGCGACGCACUGGAGAAAGAGCAUGUGGUGGUCCAGAUCAACGGAGAAGGCAGUGACCGGGUGGAGUAGCAGUGCUUUAUUUUUAUGCAAGGGUGUAUGAUUUCAUAAGAAUUCUCUGCUCAUGAAAAGGGCAUUUCAUUUCACAACACAACCUCCAGUUUAUGACUUUUUAUCCCAAAAGACAACCUCAGUUAGUUAUGAUCUGAUAUGUCAACCCGUCCCGUUAGAAACCCAUCAAAACCAUUUUUGCUGCUACGGACACAUUUGUGUUUUCCAGAGCAACACAGAUGAGUGAUGGCUGCUUAAGAUCUUGUUGGCAAUAAGAGGACUCUCCAAUAAUUGUAAGUGACCCUGAAUCCACUGACACCACAAAACCACCAGUUUAAGCCCUUAUAUGUUCGGUGCUUGGACAAUGUCACUGCGGUACCUGUAAUGUAUGUAUCUGUGUCAGAAGGGCCCGUUUUCAAAAUAUAAAUUAUUAAAGCACUACACACAGUGCUGGGUAGAUUCCUUACCAAUUGUAGUCCGUUACUGAUUACAAAUUACAUGAUGGAAAUGAUAGUUUGUAAUGUAAUCUAUUGGAUUACACAUAUCAGAUAAUGUAUUCAGAUUACUUUUAGAUUACUUUUGACCUAAAAUAUAUUCCAUUCUUUGUUGUCAACAUCAUGAAAUGUUUUAAACAUUACAUUAAGCCAGGGAUUUGUGAAUGAACUACAGGGGGUUUGUGAAUUGAUGAAAAGCUGGAAGACUUCCCAAAUGUAUAAACGCAGUAGAAUUAGGAAUAGAGAGGAAGACAGAAAAAUUUAAGAGAGAGCGAAAAAAGAAAUUAGG